UGUAUUGGAUGGAAUAGAAGAGGGGGAAGGAUCAUGAAAGAUAGGAGGGGUGAGGAGAAUGGACCAUCUAUCUUUCCCAAUCUCACGAUCUGUGUUUACAACUAAAGGGUGGAGAAGUGUGAGGAAGAGAUACGGGAGGGAGAGCGAGCAAGUGAGGGAAAGGGAAGGAGAGGGGGAAAAUGGAGUGAGAAAUAGAGAGUGUGAGAGAGGGAGAGAUUGAUAGCAGGACUCAGUAGCUUCCUGUUUCUACACUCUACAUUAUACCUUUCAUUUGGACCCUGUCCAGCCAACAGGAAUAGCAGCGUGUGAGGGGACAGCUUCCCCUGCCCUGUCGGAAACAGGCUCCUGCCCAGAAAACAAACACACACAAUUACACACACACACACACACAUACACACACACACGUGUGCUGCGGAGAGGACUGUCGACGCAGGGGUGCAUCAUGAAGUCUCAGCAGAAAUGCAUCGUAAUCUUUGCGUUGGUGUGCUGUUUCGCCGUGCUGGUGGCCUUGAUCUUCUCAGCGGUGGAUGUCUGGGGAGAAGAUGAAGACGGUAUAACAGAGGAGAACUGUAACAAGAACUGCAGGGUAGUGCUUGUGGAGAAUAUUCCAGAAGAUGUCACCUUCUCUGAGAAUGCUACGUCCCACCUCCCCCUCUCUGCUGGGCUGCACAGCCUGUUGGACCUGGCAGUGGCUGGUCACUCUGUGGAGAUUGUGUCACCUCAAUGGAACCUGAACUCCUCCAACUAUGAAUCCAGAUUCCUACAAUCUUCUAGGCAGGGUGAGGCUUUGCUGCAAAGACUGCAGGGGCUGAAGAAGAAGGGAAUCAAUUUGAAGAUAGCCAGUGGAAUGAUCAACUCUUCAGAGCUGAAGAGCCUGUCUCGUCACAGUGAGGUACACUAUAUUAACAUGACAGCCCUGACCAAAGGCUUUCUGCACUCUUCUUUCUGGGUGGUGGACAGGCAGCACAUCUACAUCGGCAGCGCCACCAUGGACUGGCGAUCACUGUCCACGAUGAAAGAACUGGGCAUCAUCGUCUACAACUGUAGUUGCCUGGCACUGGACCUGCACAGGGUAUUCAACCUCUACUGGCAGCUGCAGUAUAAGGACUUUAUACCGUCCAUGUGGUCCAAAAGGCUGAGCGCCCUGUGGAACAAAGAUGAGAACCUUCCGCUUCUCUUCAACAACACCAAGGCUGAAGUCUUUGUCUCUAGCUCUCCAGAUGUCUUCUGCCCUAAAGACAGGACCAGAGACCUUGAUUCCAUAUCCUACGUGAUCCAAAAGGCCAAGAGGUUCAUCUUCAUAUCCAUUACAGACUACCUGCCUCUCACUAACAGGAAUGCUCACAGAUACUGGUCACGUAUAGACGGGAUGCUUCGGGAGGCCUUGAUCCUGAGGAACAUCGAAGUGCGUCUGUUAGUAAGCUGCUGGGAGCAGACGCAUCCCCUGACCUUUAACUUUGUGUGGUCCCUGAAGACCCUGUGCAUGGAGCUGGCCAACUGUUCGAUGGAGGCUAAGUUCUUCAGCCCCAGGGAGCAGAGAGAUGGCACGCUACAGGGAAUCAACCAUAACAGAUUCAUGGUGACAGACAGUGCUGUGUACAUAGGCAACUUUGACUGGGUGGGGAAUGAGUUUACGUUCAACGCUGGAGCAGGCAUGGUGAUCAAUCAGGCGGAGGGGGUGAAGGAGAAGAACUCAACGUUGGUGGAACAGGUGAGGGCUACGUUCGAGCGGGACUGGUAUUCAYGCCACACCAAGAGCCUGCAGGCUAACAAGAUCCCAGUCUGCAACAAGCACCAGCUCAACCAACUGGCACAUCUCAAAAUCGCUCAACCAACAGAGAGCAAUGGGAGUAAGGAGAGUCCCAAUGGCUCCCUGUGAAUCCGAAGACGUGGUGCGUUACAAGACUGGUUUAUGCAGGCUUUAAGAGAAAAAUAACAGUUUAAUGCUGAAAUCGGACACUGUAGACAUAAUAUAGGACUUGGAGGGCAUUUGUUCAUCUAUUGAACCUUCUGCAUAUUUCAUCCUGACUGUUUCUUACAGAAGACAUUCGUGGGAAGGGAAUUGAUCAAAUAAAUGGAUUUUCUAUUGACUGCUGAACCUCAGUAAAUAUAGUUCAUCGUUAAAUCCAUUUUGCCAAUAAUGACAUCAUUCAUCACAACCCUUUUAAAACCCUCCCUGGCCAAAGCAGGUUGGAGCUGCAUGGACAGUAGUGUGGAGAUAUCCUAUACAAAUCUAUACUCCAAAAGGUGUUUACCUGGUGUGUCUUCAACAUUAAUUUACAAAGUGCAGCAUACCUCCAACCUCGACCAAAUGAGCGGGGGCCAUCUGUCUGUUGGACCACAGCUGAUCAAAUGAAAGGAAUGGGGAAAAUAGGAAUGCCAGAAACAUGUCUUGACCUCAUCUGACUCCUAAGAUAAAGACAUCUAUUUGAUGUUUAUUGUUGCAGAGUAAAGACAAUUAUGCCCCAUUGGCAUCCAUCUAUUUUGGUAUCAUGUCGAAAAUUCUGUUUUGGUCUAAACCAGAAUGUAAACUGUCCGGGGUUGAUCUCAGAAUCUUGACUCAAUUUCCAGCAUCCAAUUUUAAGUAAAAGUUGCAUAGUCUUCUAUUCUGUAUAUUUUCUUUGUUGGAAACACUCAAUAGGGUAGAACUAGAUAUUUAACUUGUGAUAGAGCUUUAGGGCUGUUAUGUUUUUAACAUGAUCAAAUAAUUUAUAUAUUAUUAAUUAUUUUUUAAAUGUACCUUUCUGUACUCAAAAGGUGAGCGUCUUGCUUCCUGGAAAGUGUUGAAACCACCAUGUCCCUGGACAGUACUUAGUUUGUAAUGGAUAUGCUAUCAUACCCCGGUCUUAUGCAUAGGUUAAAACGAAAACCAACUGCAGAGGUCAAUAGCAUACUAACAUUGGAAGGAGCUGCCCUUUAAGGUCUAAGACAGGGAUGGGCAACUGGCGGCCCCCCUUUUGUAGGCCCACGGAUCAAUUUUCAAAGCCUUAAAACAAAAAAUCUGUCAGGGUCUCAACUUACUGUUGAGUUAGAAUAGUAGAAUAAACAAGGUGACAUUUUGAAAUGUGGUUGUGCAUCAGCAGUUUCUUUCGUUAUGUCAGUCACUGACAGUCACUCAAUUAGCCCCAUGUCAGCAAAAACAACUGUGAUUGUAAGUUAGCUGGCCGCAAGACUAACUAAACUUUUAGUAAUCAUGGUUGAAUUACCGAUUUGGGGAGCCUCCAUUAAUGUUGUUAGUCACAUCAUAUUAAAAACUGCAAACCUUUCUCUCCACCCCAUGACAAAAUUUGUAAAAUUGCAUGAAAUGAGUUCUAAAAUUGAGAAAUCUUCUCCGCCUCAUGGCAAAUAUGUAUAGAAUUGCAGGAAAUUAACUCUGAAACGUAUAACUUCCACUUAAUGGCCCCCAAAAGGCUAGGGCUCUGAUUGCAUGUGUGAGUAUGGAUGUGGGUUACACAGACCCGUGAGCCACUGCGGCCCCCUAUGAUGAGUUCAGCUUUGUUGUGGCCCCCACCCCCAUCAAAGUUGCCCAUCCCUAGCCUAAGGUAUUUGUUAGGUAAAAUUACAAGACAAUGAUUUUACCUAAUGGAAUAUUGGUCAUAGAUUCCCAAGGUCUUCGUGAAUAAUUAGGUUUAUUAGGUAUAACUGGAAAAGGGUGUUGAACCAGUGGGACAACUGUAGCUCUCUUUAAAAACAGAUGUUGACUUAUAGAACAGAUAUUGUAAAAAACAAUUGGAUGUGAUUUCAGUCAGUAAGAUCAAUAGCAUGACUUUUUAAAGACUGCUAAACACCAUUUCCAGUUCCCCCAAGGACAUGUUUUGAAAAAAGACCUUAUGCAUUGGACUUAACACCGGCAGAGAAAGUAACCACAGCAACUCUUUACACCACCCGCAUGAUAAACUUUGCGCCUGAACAUCAAAGAUGAUCAACUACAGGAGUAGUAGUUGAACACCUUGAUCAACACCUUUUUAUGAACAUGUCACUCAAAUGACUAAAUACUGUAUGUAAUAGGCCUAUCUGUGGUGUUUGAUUGGCAUUACACUUCUAUUAAUUCAGUUUCAUCUGUCUUUUCAUCGUCUUUUUACAGUAAUAUAAUGGGAGAAUACUUUCUCCAUGUUUACAGGUGGUUCUCUUCACACAUUAUUUUAUAACUGGGGUUCUGUUAUAUCAUAUUUUGAUACAAGAAAAAUAUUAAUAGUAAAUUGAAAAAAUAACAAUGCACGUACUUCCUGAAAAUUUUAAUACGUUUGUCAGCGUUAACCAGUACAUAAAUGUAGCAUUAACACAUCUAUGAUGUACACUGCUCUUAUGGCAGACAGUGUUCUUAAUCUGACAGUAAAUAUCGGUACAACAACUUACCCUUUAACUACAGGUAACUGCCAAAAUAAAGGAAACAUCAUCAGAGUGUCUUAAUAGGGCGUUGGGCCACCACGAGCCGCCAGAACAGCGUCAAUGAGCCUUGGCAUCGAUUCGACAUGUCUGCAAGUAUUGGAGGGAUGCAACACCAUUCUUCCACGAGAAAUUCCAUAAUUAGUUUUUUUGUUGAUGGUGGUGGAA